CCAAAAUUAUCGGUACAAAAGGAGAUAUUUUCGUUUCGUUUCGACUACGAUUAUUUUAAAAUCGAUUUGUUAUGUCAAAGACGGUUAAAAGAGCUUGUAUCCAGAGCUACAAAAUGUAUGAUUAAAAACAGUUUAUUUUUUUCUAUUUCGUCAUUCGUCAGUCACUUCACAUGUCAAUUUCUCCUGUGAUUUCUGCCAAACGCGUUGACUAUUCUGUAUUUUUUUAGAAAAAGAUUAUAAAAUAGACAAUUACAUCCGUUCAGCGUGUGUUUUUUGUAAAAUGGACACUGUAGGCCAGUUGAAUUCUGGUCCGAGAAAGAAACAACGAAAAGAUCGGUCUACUUAUAAAAAGAAGACGUACACAGAUAAGGAUCCUCUUGGAAUUAAUUUUAAGCAGCCAUGUCAACACAAGACCUCCAGUAAAUUCAAAUGUUCUUCGGUAACACUUCGGAAUGUUAUAAAAAACCGAAAGUUGUUUUUUGCACAAAACAGUAAAGUCAAACAAGAUGUUUAUUUGACGAGAUUAAUGACAUCAUAUGAACCUCAGAGAAGAAGAGGUGGUUUAGGAAUUGGGCUUAAAAACAGAAAAAUGUCUUGCUCCUAUCAUUUGUUAUCAAAAAAUAACAAAAUGGUAACUGUAUGUAAAGAAUUUUUCAAGGUUACUUUCUCAGUAACAAACAAACGAUUGCAAACUAUCAACACAUCCACGUACAAAGGAGAUCUUCCGCAAGAAAACAGAGGAGGGGACAGAAGAUCUACCAAAAGUGAAGAAAAAAAACAGAGCCUCAGAAAUUUUCUUAAAGCACUGCCAGCAAAGGAAAGUCAUUAUAAUAGAUUAAAAAGUAAAAGAAUUUAUUUAAGUUCAGAGUUGAAUGGUGCCAAAUUGUUGAGGUAUUACAAUAGUUCUGUUCCUGCCAAUUUAAGGGUAUCACGAUCAAUGUUUUAUGAUAUAUUUUAUAAAGACUUUAAUAUUGGCUUCUCAUGCCCUUCCUCUGAUGCCUGUAAUGUUUGUACCCUUUGGUCUUACAAAAUAAAAAACGAAUGUGAUCCAGCCAAGAAACAAAUAUUAAUGGUAGAAAAAAGGGUUCACAAACUCCGGGCUAAUGCUUUCUAUCAGUACAUGAAGGAUGAAGUAGAAGGGAGUAUAUCCUUCUGUUUUGACCUACAGCAGGUCCAACCUCUACCGAGAACUCCUAUCCAGGAUGCCUUUUACUCCCGGCAAGUCAGUCUCUACAAUUUUUGUAUAGUUGACUUAAAGUCUAAAAAACCAACUUUUUUUACUUGGAAUGAGACUCAAGCCAGUAGGGGGUCAGUGGAAAUUGGUUCCGCUCUGUACACUUACUUGAAUGGACUCGAUAUACCUGCUGAAAUAACAACAUUGAGACUGUUCUGUGAUGGCUGUGGUGGCCAGAACAAGAACAACCAUAUCAUUCAUAUGCUCUUGUUCUGGCUACAUAACAAUGCACCUCCACAUUUAAGACAGAUUAACUUAACAUUCCCUGUCAGAGGCCACAGCUUCCUCCCAGCUGACCGGGUCGGUUGGAGAAAGAAAUUAGGAAAUUUCCUGUAAUUACUACACCAAAGGAAUACCACAAAAUUUUUGAAAACCAUGGUAAGGUGCUGAUCUUAAAUAAACAUUGGUCCCUUUAUGACAUUAAAUCGUUAGGAGGCCAUUACAAAAAUAUAACAGGCAUUCAAAAAAUGAAGCGUAUCUUUCUAAAAAGAACAAAACCAAAAAGAGGAAAUGUGGCAGACUGCAAGAUAAAAUCCUUAGAAAACUACAGAUUUGAGUGUGACGGUGAAGCAUAUGAGUCUCUUCUGAAAAGAGGAAAGAGACAUGCCUUGAGUUUGGAUAACUUGGAAGGGUUUCAGAAUGCGUUAUCUGCUGCUAAAAAAAAGGAUGUUGAAAACCUUCUAAAGAAGCAAUUUGGAGAUGAAUGGCCUGAACUGACAGAAUUAUCUUGGUAUAAAAGAAUUUUAGCUAACAAUGCUAAUACCGCUGUUGAUAGUGAUGAUGAAACUGAACAACACCGAGUCUGUGAUGAUGAUGACAACAGCUGUAUAUGCCUCGAACCUGAUGUGGGGCACGUCCGAGUGUAAUUUUUAUUUUUUUGUGUCUUUCUAUAAUAAUAAGAAUAAAAAUAAAGAAUUA